CUUUGGAAGAACAUUCUUCUCAGAUACUGAGAAAUCUGGACUUGUUAACAGUGUUCUGCCUGAAGGAAUACAAGGAAUUGAUCAAGCAACAGCAUGAGCACAGUUUUGUUCUCUCUCAGGCUCAACGAAAGCGCCGUGGAGGAGCAGUUAAUUCUAGGCAAGCUCGGAAACGAAACAGGCUGACAGCUUCUACUGCAGAAAUGGCUUCAGAAGCAGAGCCAAUAGAACUUGAAGAAAGUGCUGGUGAAGAAGUAGUAGAUCUCACGUGUGAAUCAUCUGAUCCUGUAGUCGUCGAUCUAACUCACAAUGAUUCCGUUGUGGUAAGUAAUGAAUGGCACACUCAUCUAAAUCUUGUGGUCAACUUAG